CACCGAUUGACGAAAUGUAAACAAACAAACUCUGUCGCCUGGAAUCCCGUUGCAAAGGAGCUCGACUCAUCAAUCAAUUGCGACCAGUAACACUGACUAAAUGAUCGAAUUGAAGGUUAGCUGAGAUAAGUCAUGACACACCAAAUGCUGAUGUAUACUUGGUCAGAGGUCCUAGGAAAGUAAAGCUGAAAUAAUUGAUCAUCAAGAAGGAAGUGUAUUUCUUGGUCAUGUUGGGAAUGUGUUAGAACCGCUGUCCAUUUUAUUUUUAUAGUGCUAUUACAAACAGAGGAAAAUUUCUUCAGAUCCUAUCUAUGGUUGAGUAUUGUACGUAGAACAUCCUGCGAUAAUGGAAGCUGAAAAAUCGUCAUCACUGCUGUUAAUCAAAGAAGAGAAGAAUUCGGGGGAAGGUCUUACUGAAAACGCUGGUGAAGGCUCUUCAUUUGCAGACCCCUUCUUAGAAGUCAAGACAGAACCAGAAUUUUUUUACCAUAGUGAAUUUGAUGUGAACUUUUCAUCCCAAUCUAUAAAGUACGAAGACAGUUCUCCAAGCUGUGAUAAUGAAAGCAGAAAGAUGAUCUGUAUUGCAGAAGAAAGUAGACAUUUGGGUGGAGUAGAUGCAUCUCCAAAGAGAUGCAACACAGCAGGGAAGCAAAUAACUUGUGCUGAAUGCCAAAGGACAUUUUCAUACUUGAGCCACCUGAAAUCCCACAUGAGAACUCAUACUGGAGAGAAACCAUUCUCUUGCUGUAUAUGUCAAAGAAGUUUUUCUCAUCAAGGUGCUCUCACGAAACACAUGAGAACUCAUACUGGAGAGAAACCAUAUACUUGCUCUAUAUGUCAAAGAAGUUAUUUUGAACCCAGUUAUCUCACAAAACACAUGAGAACUCAUACUGGAGAAAAACCAUAUACUUGCUCUAUAUGUCAAAGAAGUUUUUCUGAAUCAAGUUUUCUCACAAAACACAAGAAAACUCAUACAGGAGAAAGACCACAUACUUGCUCUAUAUGCCAAAAAAGUUUUUUUGAAUCAAGUUAUCUCACAAAACACAUGAAAACUCAUACAGGAGAGAAACCGCAUACUUGCUCUAUAUGUCAAAGAAGUUUUUAUUAUCAAAGUCAUCUCAAAAAUCACAUGAAAACUCAUACAGGAGAGAGACCAUUUACUUGCUCUGUAUGUCAAAGAAGUUUUUCUCAUCAAGGUGCUCUCACAGAACACAUAAGAACUCAUACAGGAGAGAAACCAUAUACUUGCUCUAUAUGUAAAAAACGUUUUUCUCGCCAGACUCAUCUCAAAACUCACAUGAGAACUCAUACUGGAGAGAAACCAUAUACUUGCUCUAUAUGUCAAAGAAGUUUUUCUGAUUCAAGUGUUUUCACAAAACACAUGAGAACUCAUUCAGGAGAGAAACCGUAUACUUGCUCCAUAUGUCAAAGAAGUUUUUCUGAAUCGGGUGCUUUCUCAAAACACAUGAGAACUCAUACAGGAGAGAAACCAUAUAGCUGCUCUAUCUGUCAAAGAAUUUUUUCUCUUUCAAGUGGUCUCAAAUAUCACAUGAGAAUUCAUACAGGAGAGAAACCAUAUACUUGCUCUAUAUGUCAAAGAAGUUUUUCUAUUCAAAGUAAUCUCUCAAAACACAUGAGAAUCCAUACAGGAGAGAAACCAUAUACUUGCUCUAUAUGUCAGAGAAGUUUUUCUCAAUCAAGUGAUCUCAAAAGACAUGAGAAAUUACACUAAACAGAAACUGUAUAUUUGAUCUCUGUUCGAGUAGUUUUUAUUACAUGCUUUUACUUAAAUUGACUUCUGCGUCUGCCUAUCGUCAAAUCUUUUAACUCAAUUUUCGACCUGUUCGCUUCUUUUACAUUUUAGUGUUUUUUAAUAAAAGCAUUUACUAGUUUCGUGUUUGACCUGCCAUUUGUUAUGUUCUGUAGAAUUUUAUAUAUUGUUGCUGGCUUAAUUUUAUAUAUAUGUAACUUAUCAAGUCAUUACAUUACUCAGUUUCACUCGCCCGCAACUUAAAAUUUGAAAAUCAUGGUAGCGCCAGUUACGCUACCGGUCUAGGUAUCAUCCCACCCACUUUCAGAGUAAGAGAGAAGCAACUUCAGCAAAUAGUCAAUUGUCUCCUGCCGGCCCUCAACUAUAGGCCUAGUUGGGAGUGCUCUGCUUGGAUUUGAUUUUCUUCACAUUUUGCCUUCGGAUUGUUUGGUGAAGUACUGGUAACCUGUGAGCUGACUUUUGAGCACAAGACAAAUGAGCGUCGACAAUAGAGCGGAAGACAAUUGAGUGCAGUAACAUUUGAGCCCUGACAUUUGAGAGCAAAAAUUCAAAUCAAUCCUGGUAAAAAAAGUAAACAACACUGUUUAUUUUAUGUUUUGACUAUUACAAUCGUUUGGUUGUUAACAUGAAAAUUAGCCUGUUGUAUUUUUUGCAGAAAUUGUGUCUUUAUUUGUUGUUUGACUAUUACAAUUGUUUGGUUGUUAUUGUUAAAAUUAGCCCAUUGCAUAUUUUCAGAAUCGGUAUGUUUUAUUUGUUAAAUUCAGCCUGUUCCUGAAAUUUAACAAAUCUUUCUUAAAGGAAAAUUAGUUUUGUUUUCUUUCAGUUCACAGAACCCAUGAAAUGGAGAAGAUAACAUUGCCAAAGACAAAGAAAUUAUAUUGCACGAAGGGUUCUGUUACAGACUAGACAGAGUACUUAACUCUUUCAUAUCCGCUUAGUUUUGAGCACUGUCCCCCCAGAUAUCCGAGUGCUAAAAAAUAAUAAUUUCAAAAAUUCAAUAAAAAUAUAAAUUUUAUGCUAACAACGUUCAUCUUCUUUCUGUCCUUUUUUUUGAAAUGUUAGUAUUUUAUGGUGGAAUAGUCAGAAUAAGAGCCCCAGCCCUCUAAAUACGAAAAAAUGUGAGUUAUUUAACAAAAAAACAAAAAAUCUGUACUUUUUUUUUAUAUUUUCGCUCGUAACCCAAAAACUAUGAAAGUCAGGCGAAUGAAUUUUUUUUAUGAGAAAGCCAAUAAAAUUCUCUAAAUAUCAACAUAUAAAUCAAUGGAAAAUGAAUAAGUCCAGCCGGUGAAAAAAUUGAUAGAAAAGAGGGUAAGAAACAGAGCGCAGUACAGGGAUUUGAGCAUGCGCAGUACAGAAACUACUUUGCUGGCGUAUUGAUACUCGAGAGACACUGUCCAAGGUAUGAUGUAGCCUAUGGAAAUCGCUACUUGUCCGAAAAUAAAAAAAGAUGCCUCUACCACACGCACGAAAAAUUUCUGUAAAUUUUACGUACCGCUACGUCAGUUGGAUAGAUAGGGGAUAGAGUAUUUUUACAUACUAUUACGUCAGUUGGACAUGAAAGGGUUAGGAGUGGUAAAGGGUCAUAGCAUUGUGUAAAUGGAAAGUACUAAGGAAGGAUACAGUGAUCACGAUCAUGUACCAGGUCCUGCAAAGGGUGUUGUAAAUUAAAAUACUGUAGGAAUUGUGCUGCCUGCCAUUGAUGCUUAAAAAGAGCAAAGGUAUCAUCUACAUACCUUCUAUAAAACAUAAGUUUAAAAGAUGAUAAACAAGAUUAAAAAAAUUUCUGUUCCAGUGGAUAGCUAUUGGUUCCCCUUUGGGCCCCAUAUUUGCUAACUUUUUUAUGUCUCAUCUGGAACAGAAAUUUUUAGAAUCUUGUUUGUCCUCUUUUAAACCUAUGUUUUAUAGAAGGUAUGAGACGAUACCUUUGCCCUUUUUAAGCAUCAAUGGCAGGCAGCACAAUUCCCACAGUAUAUUAAUUUACAACCCCCAAUAUCAAAUUUACUAUAGAAGAGGAAAAUUAAAAUGUCUACCAUUCUUAGACAUUUGCAUUACCGGAAUUAAUUAUUGAUUUAAUACAGCAGUCUAUUGCAAAAAAAAAAAUGUAUACUGGUCUAGCCAAUAAUUUUUACAGCUCCUGCCAAAGAAGUUUUAAAUGUAACGCUAUCUCCACUUUAGUUCAUAGAGCACUGAAGUACUCUUUGAGUUGGGACAUUUUUCAUAGGGAAAUAGAAUUUUUACUUUCUUUCAGCAAAAUUCAUACCCUAAAGAAUUAGUUCAGAAAAUAAUCAACAAACUUUUAACUAAAUAUCUGAAACCAGUUCCACCGAUUGUUGACGUUCCAAAGAAACUUAUAUAUGCCUCUAUUCCCUAAACUUCCAACCUGAAAUUGUCACAGAAACUUACUUGAAUCAUUGAAGGUGAAAUACCAUGCUUAAAAUUAAAAUUAAUAUCAAAUAACCCAAGUAAAAUUGGUUCCCUGUUCUUUAAAGAUCGUCUGCAGCCUUAUAUGAGGGCUAAUUUUGUGCAUAAAUUUAUGUGCCCAGGAUGUUCUGGUAUUUACAUUGGAUCUACCAAGAGACUGCUGCAGAUGCGAUAUUGCAGCCACAUGGGGUAUAGUUUUAGAACUGGCUAGAGAUUAAGUAGACCAGACCAUUCAAAUAUCAAGAAUCAUGCAAUCAAUUGUAAGAUUGAAGUCAAGAAACAGCACUUCUCCAUUUUAGGUUACACUAAGGACUCUGAGUAUUUAACAACACUUGAGUCAUUAUUUAUCAAAAAGUCUUGUUCCUUCAUUGGAUAGCAGUAGGUCAUCGUCUCUGCUAUACCUGGCAUAGUUUUCUUUCUGACUUGAAUCCCAUUUCUAGUCACUCCUUUCCUAGUAAAUGGUUGGUGUUUCAGUGGUUAUGUUUUAAUGCUCUUUUUUUAACUUUGGAGUAUUGUGCCAGUUUUAAAUUUAUAAUGUUUAAAUUUCAAAUUUUAGAUUGUAAUUUUUGUGUAGUUUGUUUUUAGUAAUUUAAAAUGUACUUUUAUUUUAACAGACUGAUGAUGCACAAAGUUCCUGUGUGAAACGUUUCAUUAAAAAUAAAUCCUGUUUAUCUCGA